AUGCUUGUCACACUCUAUCUCCCCGAGCUCGACGACAACGACUUCUCCUCGUGCCAACGAAUCCAAAUAUCUUUGAACAAUCACCCCAUCGCGAUCUUUGAUCUGGCCGACGACUUGUAUCAUGAUUGGACAAUAAAGAGAGCAGAAGGUUCUUUAUUGGAAGCAGCCCAAAUCCCUGUUCAAGAAAGGGUAGAAGCAGAUAACUUACAUUCCGCAGGUGAAUUUGGAAACUUGAAUUUGAAUCAAAAUGUUGAAAAGGAAGAUCAAAAUGUUUCCUCAUUGGAAUCUAAACCUGGGAAGUUAGUUGAUAUCAGGGAAAGCAAAGCUGUGUUAUUUAACUUUUUCAAACUGUUAGAAAACAUUCAUGAUGGAAAAGCCAAAGCUUCAGAGGAAGGAGAUGUGUAUGCAAGCAACAUGAAAAAGCUCUCAGAGGCUAUUGCAGAAGCCAACUUUGAGGAUUUCAACCAAAAACCCUUUGUGGACCAAUUGUCAAUUUUGACAGAAAAUUUCAGAAAAAUCAACGGUCCACUUCAAGAAAUUUUAAAGGAGAAAAUAGUUAAGCCAGCAGAUUCAGAUCCAAAAACCAUUCGCAAAUUGGAAGAAGAUUUGUACACUAAAAAGUGUAAAGCCAUUGAGUCAAGUUUGGCUGAAAUCCAAAAAGACAUGCUUAGAACCACAGUUGGGCGCUUCCAAAAACGUAUUUGA